CGCUGCCGGCGGAGCUGCGCGGGGCUCUCGCAGUGCCGCUCCGCUUUGGGUGGACGGCUAAGGCGGCACCAUGAAGAGGAGAGCAGGGGAGCGGGAGAAAGAGCUGAAGCCCUUCUUGAAUUCUAGCUACUGCUGAAGCACUUCCAUUGUAGAGGGGGAAGUAAUACAGCAUGUUAAGCCAGCAAAUAAGAACAAAGAAGAAAAAACUUCUUGAAGAACUUGGGGAAAACAGACUUCCAUACCUGACACCAGCCGACGCUGAUUUCCACCAGCUGUGGAAGACCAAGUAUUCCAAGCUGAUCUUCAGGAAAUCUGAUACAGUACCUGAAGAUCUCCACCAAAUGGUACAGGAAAGCUUUCUGGCCUUGCGAGAGCGCAACUGUUUCUUUCAAGAUCUUGUAAGGAUCAAAGGAAAAGACUUCCUUACUCCAGUGUCUCGUAUAUUAAUUGGAAACCCAGGCUGCACUUAUAAGUACUUGAACACAAGAUUAUUUACAGUUCCUUGGCCUACAGAAAGUUAUGACAUAAAAUUUUGCAGUCCUCAAAUACAUGAUGCUUGUAAAGCAUUAAUGAGACUUAAUGACUACUUGCAUAUUGAAACAGUCCAGGCGUUACAAGGACAAAAUUUGCUUGAGAACAAAGAAAUUAAAGAUACUGCUGUAAUAGAUAGGAAACAAAGUUUUGCUGCCUCUCUUACAGAGCAAGAGUCUGUUUCAAAAGAUCAAAGCAGUGUUUGUGUAUCAGAGGAUGACAGAAGUCUAAAGAACAGAACAUCUUAUAAUUUGACUUUAUUAAAUUAUAUGGAUCCCUUACAAAUGCUGUACUUGAAACAAGAGCCUUACUUUGGAAUGGGGAGCAUGGCAGUGAGCUGGCACCAUGAUGAGAACCUGGUGGAAAGGUCAGCAGUGGCUGUGUACAGUUACAGCUGUGAAGAUUCAUCUGUACAAGAAAGCAACGAGCAGGAGCUGAAGGGAAGAGACCCAGCUGUUUGGCACGUGGGCUUGAAGGUGGCAUGGGACAUCGAGACACCUGGCUUGGCAGUGCCACUUCACCAAGGAGACAUCUACUUGAUGCUUGAUGAUCUCAAUAUGACCCAUCAGCACUGUGUUCUGGCUGGUUUGUCCCCUCGGUUCAGCUCCACUCACAGGGUGGCAGAUUGUUCAAGAGGAACAUUGGAAUACAUACUUGGACAGUGUGAACUGGCACUCCAGAAUUUGCAGAGUGAUUCUGAUUCAAUGGCUUUGUCUUUGAAAUCACUGGAAGCUGCAGUGGUGAAGCAAGUAGAAGAAAUACAUAAUGAGGUUGAAUUUGAGUGGCUUAGGCAGUUUUGGUUCCAAGGCAAGAGGUAUUUGAAGUGCACUGAUUGGUGGCUUAAGCCUAUGGCUAAAUUGGAAGAAUUUUGGAGAAAAAUGGAGAUUAUGACAAGUCUGGUCCUCUCUGAGGUGAGAAAAGAGCAACAAAUUGAGGAACAAAGGAAUGAGACCAUCAGCUGCUUCCUGCCCCUGCUUAAGGAGAGACAAAAGCUGCGUAAAGAAUGGACAGCAAGAUGCCAGUCAGACGCAGCAGAGAGCUUGCCAGAGGACCAGAGACCAGAAUGCCAUCCCUUCUGGACAGAUGAUGAUGAAUGUAAUAUGCCUCUGCCAUAUGAUCUAGAAGAAGUAAUUGCUUAUCUACAAAAUCUUGUUCAAUGGAUAGAAUAACAAGCGACCUUCCAGCCUAGAAUUAUUGAUGCUGGUCAUCUGGGGAGAAGCUUUGUUAUCAUGAAUCUUCUAAGCUCUAUGAUUUCUUGAUUGUAUGUUAUUUUAUGUGUCAAUGCAGAUUUUGCCAGUCUUUACACAGUAGCUUAGUUACUGUCUCAUAAUAAAAAGGACCAGCCCCCAAAUUUAGAGAAGUGUGUGUUUUUUAAGACCUGAAACACGAGCUUUAGUUCCCUCCUCCUCCACUCUAAUUCCCAUUGACCCUGCAGCCCAGGGGUAUCUGUGUAUCACAGACUCACAGAAUGUUGCAGGUUGGAAGGGACCACAGCGGGUUCCCGGGUCCAACCUCCCUGGUCAGGCAGAAUUCCCCAGAGCACAGGCACAGGACUGUGUCCAGACAGUUCUGGAAUGUUCCCUGUGAGGGAGCCUCCACAGCCUGCACAGAGCAUUUCUUCAGAUGAGGAAUUCUGUAGGAGCAUUCUAACACAGAUCCCAAGACUUCCUUAUUGUUUUGCCUCAUGGCAACAGAAUACUACUAAGAGAGAUUUCUGAUGUGAAUCUGUACCUCUUGGGCUCCCUGGAAUUCAGAAUUCAGUUCCUAACCAUUACUUUGUUUCUGCAUGUUGUUAAUCCUACUCUGAGGUCAGGUUUCCCAGUGCAUUGCCUACAGAAGUGAUGGACCUAAGUAAGACCUUCCAUUUGGGUUGUUUGGUUCUCUGAGAAACUGGAUUUAGAUUGUGUGAUAUUGGGUAUUUCAGCAUCAUGUGAGAUCUAUGAGCACAAACCCAAAAACUGUGAAAAAGGAAACUGUUUAUGAUGUUUUGUAGUAACAUGCUAUAGAAAGAACAAAUCUGUGUGGGAUGAUACAGGGUGCUCCUGAAUGAGAUAGAAAAUUUUAUUUUGGUAAAUUGCUGUUUUAUCUGAACUGGUUGGGCUGGUGUCCAACUUUGCCAGAAAAAGCAGAAAAUCAUUAGGGUGAAAAAGCACCCAGGCUGUAUUACCAAAGAAGCCAGUAAGGCUCAGAGUUUGACAUUGCCACCAAGAAAUGAAUAUGCCUCCUGUGUUAAUGUGGUGUUUAAAGUCUCUGCUGAGGCUGAGCUCACCCAGAACACACCAGCUUCUGUACUGGCAGAGUUCUGUGUGUGUGGAUGAGGCUUGUGCUCCUGAAAAUUGUGCUUUUGACAGUAUAACAUAUGCCAGACCUCCCUGGAGCUAAGGAAGCUGUGCCAGUAAAAAUUCAGUUUUAGUGGUAUAAAACUGUGUCCACACCUACCAGCUUUUGCCAGGACAAUUAUAUCAAGUAGAGGUUGUGCCUCAUAAGACUUUAUGUAAAGCUGUGCCAGCAAAAGUAUAAAUACCUGAAUCAAGUGUUUCCAGCAUAGUCCUGGGUUUCUGUGAAAACUUUUCGUUAUCCUGUGGAAUGUAAAGACUCUCUGAAGAAUAAGGUAUUACUUAAACUAGGUUUGAUAAUAUUACCAUGAUCCACUCAUUUAUCUGUUGUCUCUUGUGCCAUAGAUUUCAUAACAUUUGCUAAUACAGCUAUGGGCCAGCUUUCUCUUCCCUGCACUAGUUAAAGCUGGCUUUACCAGUGGCAUAUUUGGAUUAGUGCCACACUAAACACUGUUUGCUUUGGAGAUCGCUUAGAGAAAAGCUAGCUGAAGAUGUGGGAAUUCUGCUUUUGAAAAGGCAGUUCUCAGAAACAGAUAUUGCUUUGGAAAUGAGCAAUAUGAAUUCAGACAAGCUAAUGUUGUAACAGUGUUAGCACAAUGUUUAGGGGGACUGUUUAUUUAUGCUGUUAUGUUAUUAUUACUUUGUGUUUAAUUAAGCACUGCUGAAAUCCAUGGGGAUCAGACUAUUGAAAGAAAUCUGACCACCACAAAGGGGAGAGAAGGCACAUCAAUGAUGGAGUUUGUAGCUGAAGUGGAGGCAAAGCUAUUAAAAAAUGAUUGGCAAAUAAUUAUUUCCAGCAGCAGUAAAAAUAAAAUCAAACCAAAACAAUCCCAAACCUAUUAGGAGACUGCUGGCAGUAAUAACAGAAUUUUUAGAAUACAUGUUCCCAGGUCUUGCCUAUGCUUGAAUGUUUAAGGUCGUGGAUUAGCUGAACUAGCAUUGGUCUCAGUGCAGUCAGAUCCCACUUAUCUGAGCCAUGGUUAGCAAUGAUAUGGACAAGUUAAUACCUUUGGAAUAGGACUGCCAAAAUACCAAUAAUCAAGUGGUUUAGGGCUCUGUGUUGCAUUCCAGUCUUGCAUCAUCUAAAUCAGUAUAACCUGAUUGUUUUCAGUUGGAAUGCAGAAGUAUGAGAAAAUUUCAUAUCUCCAAAGCCCACAGGAGUUGAUAGCAAUAACAUGAGUAAGGUGGUGGAACUAUUUGAAGCACAGAGUAAUGCCAAAGGGUACCCCAAAAGGAGAACACAGUUAAAGGUAAAUACAUAUAAAAAGAACUGAGAGAUCAACUAUAAAUUAUUGCUGUGUUUAGAUUAUGUGUUAGAAGCUGACAAAUACUUUGAAGAUUUCUUUAUUUUAUUCAAGUAGUUAUAAUUUAGCUUGUUUCAAUGAUUCUUUAGCAAUCCAUUUAUAUUCCAGCAUUAGAUAACCCAUUUCCUUUUUGAAAGAGCUGGAAGACACAGCCUCUAAUUAAUGUUCUAUGUACAGCAAUUUUUUCCAAGCCUGGAUGCUUUAGAAGCAUGAGGACCAAGGUCAAGUUUUUUCAAGGAAGAGGUGAGAGCAUAAAUUAACUUCUGACAUUAAAUUCAGUGGCUCUUUUAAAAUGGUGAAGUUCACGAUUUUGCUUACAUUUACUUUUCAUCAGCCAGGGCUGAAUUGAGGUAAAAUAGUUCACUUGCACGUGUGUGUCAGGCUAAAUGGAUUGCAGAAGAUACAGAUCUGUUUGCCUGUCUGCACUUGCCUUUAGACAAUAUUCAUCAAUUUUACAAAAGCUACUGACUAAACAUGGAACCAGUACAAAUGAAAUGCUCAAGGCAAGGGCUUUCUUUUAUAAAUCUGAUACAGAGUUGGUUUUACACUGAUAGAAAGAAAAUGUUGGCAGAAAAUGAAAAACUUCUAUUGUUUCUGUAAUUUGGGGGAUGAAAGAUACAGACUGUUUUUAAGUAUUUGAUAGAAAACUGCUGUGUUAUGCAAUGUAAUUAGAGAUGUUUUUAUAAUGCUUUGUUCACAUCCGUGUAUAUGAAAAUAUUUUAUCCCAUAGGUCUUUUCUUCUGUUGAAAAGGUUAUGUAAAUAAAUAAAAUUAAUCUCAAUACAGUAGAUUUUAAAGGCAUAAUACUUAUGUUCUAAGCUUUACAGCAGGUUCUGAUUAUUUAAAGGGUAAGUAAGAAUGCCAUGAGUAAUCACUGACUGAAAACUGUGCAGGAUGGGUAACAUGCACCAUAACAAAUAUCCAAAUCAGUUUUCUUAUUAUCAUCUGAAUAUGGUUUUAGGUUCACUGGUAGUGGUACAAGAUGCACUAUAAAAUUAUGCUGGACUACUUAAUGCAGAGGG